AUGGCCGUCGCCUUCUCCCCCAGCAGCACUGUAACGGCCUGUGCUCUGCGCGGCGGAGCUAGCCUGCUAGGCAGCUGCUUCCUCGUCCUGCGGUCACGUCGCGCGGGGAGGCUGCAGUCGGCAGUGACAACGAGGAGGAGUAGGACGUGGUGCGCUGUCAUCGUCGGGUCCACCGCGGUGCCCGAGGCCUCCGCAGAGGAAGGCCGCCACGGGCGGAGGUCGUCGGAGCAGCUGGCCUUGCCGCCUGAGCUGGUGGACGAGCUGGUGGAAGAGGCUCUCGUGUGGUGCUCGCAGCACGGCCUCAUCGUCGGCGACAAGAACCACCCGAGAUCUGGAAAAGCACCUGGUGUUGGUCUACUACAUGCUCCAUUUUCUCUUUUGCCAAUGUCAUUUCCAAAAUUUUAUUGGGAUCAAGCGCUUGAGUUGGCUCCACUUUUCAACGAGCUUGUUGAUCGUGUGAGCUUGGAUGGGGAGUUCUUGCAACAGACUUUGGCAAGGACGAAAGAGGUCGAUUUGUUCACUAAAAGGCUUUUAGAUAUUCACUCGGAGAUGAUGGAACUGAAGAAGGAAGAGGAAAUACGUUUAGGUCUUACCAGGUCAGACUACAUGGUAGAUGGAGAAACUGGCUUGCUUCUUCAAGUGGAGCUCAACACCAUUUCUACAUCUUCCAAUGGGCUUGCUUGUGGUGUAUCAGAGCUUCACAGAAACCUGGUUAGGAUGCACGAGAGGGAACUUGGUUUGGAUCAAGCAAGUGUCCUUGGAAACACAGCUAUCACCCAGCAUGCUGGAGCGUUAGCUAGAGCAUGGGCUGAGUACAACAAUCCAAGAAAUGGGUGCCCGGUUGCUCUUGUCUACUUUAGAGCAGGUUACUCACCGAUCGAUUACCCUUCAGAAGCAGAAUGGAGAGCAAGAACUUUAAUUGAGCGUUCUUCUGCAAUAAAGUGCCCUUCAAUAUCAUAUCAUCUUGUUGGGACAAAAAAGAUUCAACAGGAACUGGCAAAGGAAUACGUGCUUGACAGGUUCUUUGACAACAAAGGUGACAUAAAAAAAGUACGGCAAUGCUUCGCAGGACUCUGGAACUUGGAAAAUGAUAGUAUAGUAAUGUCUGCUAUUGAAUCUCCAGAGUUGUUUGUCCUUAAACCCCAAAGGGAGGGUGGAGGGAAUAAUAUUUAUGGUGAUAAUCUCCAUGAAACAUUGGUUCGUCUGCGAAAGGAUGGAGGAAAUGAGCUUGCAGCAUACAUCCUAAUGCAAAGGAUAUUUCCGCCAGCAUCACCCUGCUAUCUUGUUCGCGAGGGUAAAUGUGCCAAGGAAAACGCGGUUUCUGAAUUUGGGGUUUUUGGAGCCUAUCUGCGGAACAAAGACAAGGUAAUCAUAAAUGACCAGUGUGGUUAUUUGAUGAGAACAAAGGCAGCUGCACUAAAUGAAGGUGGUGUGGUUUCUGGAUAUGCGUUUUUGAACAGCAUCUUCUUGACAUGA